AUGUCAUGUGUAAACAGUGACUGGACUUCAACAGACAAAGAUGGUAGAUUAGCGCCAUAUUAUUCACGUCGGAACGAGCUGUCAAUACAUCACGGAUGUGUUAUGUGGGGUGUACGGGUGAUUAUAUCUUCUAAACUCAGAGACCAAGUGUUAUCUCAGAUUCACGAAGGACAUCUUGGAGUCGUUAAAAUGAAGACGCUUGCCAGAAGUUUCUGUUGGUGGCCAGGAAUUGACCAGGACAUAGAGAUAGUGGCGAAAAGGUGUCAGGGAUGUCAACAGAAUCAGAACGCACCUAAGGGAGCACCACUGAAUGCAUGGGAAUGGCCAACCAAGGCAUGGGAGAGAGUUCACAUAGAUUUCGCUGGACCUUUCCUCGGAGCGAUGUUCUUGAUAAUGGUGGAUUCUCAUUCAAAGUGGCCAGAGGUGGUCAAAAUGACUACUACUACAUCAGCGCAUACUAUCGAUGUUCUUAGGACCGUAUUUUCCAGAAAUGGUCUACCUGCUACCAUUGUCAGUGAUAAUGGUCCACAAUUCCACAUUUUCCAAACAUAA